AUGGUACGGGUGAAGGUGCGCGUGUUCACGUUCCCGUCGGACCCGAGGAAGCAGAACUCGUACGUCGUCGGCACCAUCGAGGGCGGACUGCUGCCCGUUGUGGGCACGCUCAACCUCGACGACAAGGAGGUCGCGACCGUCACCUUCGCGCAGCUGCGGCCGCGCAUCGAGCUGCUGCAGACCAAAGACGUGAUCCGGCGCAGCGUCAUGUUCCAGGAGGUCUUGGCGCUCAUCGCGACGUCCGCGAACCCGCACGGCUGGCCGCCCAACGCCAUGCAGACGUACUGUUUCGGACACUUCGCCGACGAGAACGAGGACGUGCCGCACGUCAUUGCGGCUGCCGACGAGGACUGCCCCAUCAGCCAGUUCCUGAACAUGACGACGUCCAAGCAAACAGGAGACCUCGUCCUCAUCCCUCAGACGCAGCUCGGUCCUGUGUGCGAGCGCUGCUGCGAAGGCUGCGAGCUCUGUCCGCCCAUCGAAAGCAGCAGCAACCAGUGA